CUUUACCAUGUCUGCAGACAUGAUACUGGCAGCGAUAAUGGCGAGCGUGCACGUUGUCUCUAGCGAUGUCGACCAAUCUUUUCUUCUCGACCUUUGAAGUCACCCGCCAAGCGUUCUUCCGCACAUCGCUCAGCUACGCCGUCGUCAAUCUCAAGCCUAUCGUGCCAGGACACGUGCUGGUCGUCCCUACUCGCUAUGUUCCCCGAAUUACAGACCUCACUCCCCCCGAGCUGUCGUCUCUGAUGACCGCGGUGCAACAAGUCGGGCGUGUGAUUGAACGCGCAUACGGGGCGGAUGGUCUGACCAUCGCGUGUCAAGAUGGCAAGGCCGCAGGCCAGACGAUGCCUCACGUACACUUCCACAUUAUACCCCGCAGGCUGAAGGGCGACUACUUCGUCAGGAAUGAUGAUGUCUACCCUGUUCUUGAGCAGGCAGAGGGACAGCUGCCCGCACAGUUCAAGACAGUAAGGGGACACAAGAGCGGGGAAGAGUUGCCCUCUGGCGAAGUAGAACCGCUAAAGAUGGACGCAGACGACGACAGGAAACCGCGCACAGUGGAGGAAAUGGAAAAAGAGGCUCAGUGGCUAAAGACGUUCUUCGCCGAGGACGCACAAUCCAAUUAAAUUGAUACACGAGAUGUAGAAUCUAGAGCAGAGCGUAUACAGGUAGUACAUACUUACAUGCAGCAACACAGUGGUAUCAUCGCUCAA